GCGACACAGACGGGAUCAGCAAGCCUUGUUCGGACGUCACUUGUUGGUGAAGGGCCGGGAGUUCUCGUUGCUCAUGUGUCGUUCUUUUGCUUGUACAUUUUCGAGAAGUUCUGGAGUUUUGGAAUCCAAGUCGCUUGAGAGAGACGAAAAGACAUGCCUUGAGCACAGCCAGGUUCAACACCACCACCAUCGCAGUGUCCCUACCAGAACUCUAGAAACCCACAUUCUCUACAACUAGUCACCGGUUCGGGCGCACAAAGCAUUCGCUAUCCAAUACCUUCAUUCUCCUAUCCGCAACCGUCCCACCUCGCUACGCCCUGUACAACACAAAACUCCACCAACCGCCCCGGGCCCUCAACAAUGAGCGCCUUCACAGACAUCAUAAAGAAAACGCUCAUCCCCCUCACCCUCGCCCUAGCCCUAUACCUCCUAACAACGCACCUCCUCCUCCCCCUCUACCGCCGCCACAAAACCCGCAUGCAAUACCUCCCGCUCCCCCCAUCCCUCUCCUCAACCUUUACCUCGUCCUCCCCCUCAUCCUCAACCUGGCGCUCCCGCAUCCCCAGCGCCCUACGCUCCCUCUUCACACUCCCUUCAUCCUGGCCUUUAUCAUCCUCCCGCCGCUUCCGCACCCUAGUCGACGGCUCUGGCUCCAGGUCUUCGAGUUCGAGUCCGCGCUCCUCGACGUCUCCGCGUCGACGGUCGGAUUCCUCCUUAUUCAGUGAUCAGGAAGGCGAGGAUAUGAUUGGGUUUGAGCCGUUGGAGGGGCAGCGGAGGAGGGAGGAGUUGGAGAGCCGGAGAGGGAGAGCAGAUGAAGAGAGGAGGUUGAGUCGCGAGUUGGAGGAGGGGUUUAGGGAUGAUAGUGAUGAGGAGGAGGAGGAGGGAGGGGAUGAGAGGAGGAGGAGUUUGGUGAGGGGGGUGGGGGGCAUGUAUCGAUGA